GCAGCCAUCUCUUCCAUAGAUGAGCCUAAAUCCUUUUCUUAGGCCAUUAAACAUGAAAACUGGCGAGAAGCAAUGAGGCAGAAGGUUGCUGCACUUAAGAAGAAUGGCACUUGGACGAUUGAGACAUUGCAUCCUAACCAACGUGCAAUUGAUUCAAAAUGGGUCUAUAAGAUCAAAUUCGAGCCAGAUGGAACUGUUGAAUGGUACAAGGCUCGACUAGUAGCGAAGGGAUUCACUCAAAUUGAAGGGCUUGAUUUUCAUGAGACCUUUGCUCUUGUUGCUAAAAUGGUCACUGUGAGAACAUUACUAGCUCUUGCUUUGAUUAAGCACUGGAAACUGCAUCAAUUAGAUAUCAAUAAUGCCUUCUUGCAAGGUGACUUACAUGAAGAGCGAAAGUAUGCUCUCAACAUACUCAUGGAAUCAAGCAUGCUUGGGGCAAAGCCUAGUUCCUUUCCCAUGGAGCAGCAUCAUCGUCUCGGGCUUGCAUCUGGUUCACCUAUACUAGAUCCUUCACAAUACAAGAGGUUGGUUGCCCACAGACACAGCACUCAACAACAAGUUGCUAUAUUUGGCUCGGACACCCCCGUGUUUCCUAGAAGUCGAAAAAGCAAUCAAUUGUCUCUCGCUCUUUCGCUUAAGCUGAGUAUAAGGCCAUGGCAUCAACUAUUAGUGAGCUCACUUGGUUAAAGUCCUUACUUUAUGAUCUUGGGAUAUAUCACUCGAAGCCAAUGACAUUGUUUUGUGAUAACCAAGCUACCUUACACAUUGCCAAUAAUCCUGUGUUUCAUGA